AUGACUAUGUUCGCAAACUACAACAAAAAAUUAAUAAAAUUAGAAGAGUUAUUAAAAGAUGCUGCAUUAGAAAAAGAAGUUAAUAAAAAAUUAAAUUAUAAUUUUCAAAAAAUAGAAAAUCAAAAUAUAAUGGUUUCGAUAAAGGAUUUUGGGUAUUUAUCUUUCCCAUGCAGUAUUUCACAAACUAGAGAGUUAAUCGAUAAACAUGUAAUUAAUAAUAAAGAUAUUUCCAAUAACAUAUCGAAUAGUAGCCACAGUAAUAAUAGUUCACUUUGCCCUAUGAAGAUUUCAAACAUUUUGAAUAAUGAUAAUGAUAAUGAUAAUAAUGAUAAUAACUGUAAUAAUAUAAUAAAUAAUAGUAAUAAUGAAAGCAAUGUAUGGAAAAUUUAUCCAGAUUUAGUCAGUAUAGAAAGUAAAUCAUGGUCAUCAACAUUAGAGAUGAUACUGAAUGAUAGUAAAAAAAAACUAGAUAUGUCAGAAGAUAAAAUUGUUUUACAAUUAAAUAAAAUGUUAAUUUUUUAUAAUGGUGGUUCUGAAAUACAGUCUCGACGGGAGAUAGAGGAAGAGAAAGAUAGUUCUAAUAUUGUGGGAACGUUAUUAGUUAUUUUACAAAGUUAUAAUCAGGGAGGUCAAUUAAUAAUUAAACAUGGUGAUCAAUUUGAAUCAAUAGAUUUAGGUAGCCCAAAAAUAUCAAGUAUUCAGUAUGCAGUAUUCGGAAAUGACUAUAGUUUUGAAGUUAAACCAACACCAAUGUCCCAUAGAUUUUGUUUGGUUUAUAAUUUAGUUAAAACUGGUAAAAGAUAUUUAUCAAGAGAUGGUCAAUUAAAAAACAAUUCGACACCACUAAAAGAAAAUAGAAAUAGGGAGCUUGAAAAGGAAAUGAAUGCUCAAUUAGAGGAAAAUGGAAAAUUAGCUUAUGUGUUAUCUCGUAAAUAUAAUAGUUUCAAAAAUUUUAAUGAUGAGGAUAAAAAGGUUUUAGAUAGGAUACUGUCAAUUGAAAAGAGUUGUAAUUUGUUAGUUCUCCUUGCCAAACUUUGUGUUAUCGAAACCAAUGAGAUCAGAAUAUCAUCAUUACACAAGUUUUUAGAUCAAAAAAAUAACGAAUUAGAUAUAGAACCAGUAAAUAUAAAAUUAAAAAAAGAAGUUUUACCUCAAAAUUCAAUUAAAGAGGUUUUUAGUAUUUCAAAUAAAGGUUAUGUAGCAUCAGUAUUGGUUAUUAUCAAAAAAAACACAAGUGGAAAGAAUAAGCCAAUUAUACUAGGCUCAUAUAGUUUUGAAGUGUUCCCAAGUGCCUUUGACAAAUUACUUCGUCUGGAUCGUAAAAAUAAUAUCGAAACUGAUACCGAUGAAAAUUUAGAACUAUUGGAUCAUUAUCAUUACCAAAGCCCAAAUUAUAUCCCGACAUUAAUACAAAACCCAAUAAUUACAAAUUUAGUACACAAAUACCUUCCAUCAAAAGAUAGUAGAAUAAAAAGAUUAUUAUUUCAAAGGGUUGGAGAAGAUUCAAAACUUUUUCUUAAUAAUUUAAAAAAGCUUAAACCAUAUUACACAGCAAAUCAAUUUUUAAACACCCUCAAUGAUAUAUUUUCAAAGUUACCUGAAGAUUUUUUACAAAAAAUUGAAAUAAUCCUCAACACAAUCGACCAAAAAGAAAUUGUAUAUAUUUUUAAAAAUAACCCAGUUCAAUUAGUAAAUUAUUUAGAAGAAAUUUUGAGUAGUUUAGACAAAGACGAAUUAUUCGAAAUAUUUAAGAGUAGACCAAAAGAAUUUAUUCAGAAUAUUGGCCCGAUACUCAAAAAAACUAGGUUCAAUAAAAACCAAAUCAUGACAAUUUUUAAUAGUGAAACGUCCAACUAUAAUCCUGGCGAAAUGUUUAAUAUAAUAAACCAAAAUCGAGCCCAAAGUCCAAUAUUUAAUGACGAAUUUAUUAUACAUUAUAUCAAACUAAAUCAAAGUUUUUUCCUCCCCACUUUGAAGAAUAAUACAAAGGAUAUUAAGAAUUAUAUAGAGCCAAUAUUAGAUAUUUUUCCAGAUUUUAUUAAUAGCUACAAAGAAACAAUAGAUAAUUUAAUUGAUAAACACACAUUAAGCAUAGAUAUAAUAAACCCAAAACCAUUAAACGCAUCAUAUUAUAAAUUGUUAUUAGCAUACUGCAGUAUUCUUGGGAGGUAUAACAAUCAAUUAAAAGAAUUAAAAAUCAAACUACAAUUGUCAUUCUCAAAAUUGCUUUGUGAUCCAAUGGAAGAAAUGGUAGUGCACAUCACCACUUCAUCCCCUUUGAAAGAAAUUUGGGAUUUUAUAUACUCUAAUGGUAAUCAAUAUCUGGUAGAAAGCUACUGUCAAGGCAUUCAACUUAAAUUUUUUAAUAAAUUAAUUCAAGUUUUUAGAAUUGAGGAUUCAAUCGAUUCUUCUGAAGUAUUUGAAAAGUUAGUCGCUUUUAUUCAAAGUUCCUUCAACUCUAAUAAAAUACCAGAGUUUAUUAAAAACAUAAAAUUUUUCAACUUUAGAGCAUUUAUUGGGUUUUUAGAAGUGGUAAUGAAUCUAUAUAUAAGGAUGAAGAUAAAAUCUUAUUCAAUUAAUAUUAAAUUCACAUGCACACACAGACUGUGCAACUCUUGUCCCGAAUUAAACAAUUUUUUUAAAUGUAAUUGGAAAAGAAGCUAUCAAUGGUGCGAUCUUGGUGUCAAUAGCGAAAUUAAAACAAGAGAGCUUUUGUUAUUCCUCAAGGUACAUUCGAAUCUUUUACGUUUUGAAGAACUCAAAAGCAAACACAACAAAAAAUGCUUUUUAAUCGAAAAAGAAGAAACUUGUUUUUCAAAAUUGGUGACACCAUUUGCAGAUCCAAAAUAUAGUAAUAAUUUAUCAAUAUUACUUAAAAUAUCAAAAAUAUGUGCUCCAGAUUAUUUUAUAGGCGAUCGAAUUAAAAAUAUAGAAAAUGUUUUACUAUUAAAUAAAUAA